AUGGAUAGGGUUAAUAAGUGGAAGCGCGAAUGGGUGGCCCCUGAAGGAUUACCAGCGGAGAGCUCAUACAAGGUGUUCAAAUGGGUCAAGAGCGACGUCAAGGCUCAGUUUGGAAAUGACGCCGUCUACGAAGUCCGGGACGAUACGCCAGGACAAGACGAUGAUGAGGGCGAUGAAGGGGAAGGACAGGAGAACGAGGAUGAUGAAGAUGAUGAGGAUGGCGAUAACGGUCAGAAUGGGGAAGAGUCUCGAGAUCCAGCAAAGGGCGAGGUCCAAGCAGCUCAAGGAGGGGCUGAAACAACGGGCGUUCAAGAUGACACUUCUGCCCAGCCCGAGGGCGAAGGCGACGCGCCAGAAGCUCCCAAAGAGACUGAAUCUGAAGCUCUUCCUGAAACGCUGUCCACUGCUGCUGAAGCUGUGGCUGAGCCCCAAGCUGCCCUCGCCCCUGCCCCUGCCCCUGAACCCGCCCCCGUCCCUGCGGCAGACCCCCAAAGCAUCACUGAACCCACCGCCGAGCCCACCCACGAAGCUCCCAUCCCCCCACACCACGAGAUCCCUUCCAACGCUGUCGAAAUAACAAACUCCAUCCCUGGCGACUCUGCCCAGCUUGGACAAGGUGACUUGGGGCUGCAGGGGGGUGUGGUAGCGGAGAGGAGCCAUGAAGAGGAUGGGGAUGUUGAGAUGGAGGGUGUCAAGGAAGCGGCCGUGGAGGAGGAGGCCGUUCAGGAGAGUGGGGAUCAGAUGGAGGUGGAUCAGCCAGCGACUUUGGUUGAGGAGAAGGGAGAAACACCGGUGGAGAAAGACGAAGGGUUGGUAAUGGGGGAGAUAGAGCCUCCUGUUCCCGAGAUUGCUGUGGAAGGAGAGGACAAGCCCACUGAAGUCGAAAAGGAGGCUGAACUGCCAUAG